UGAUUUGACUAAAAACUUUGUUCUGUCUCCAGUCCGGUAGGAGGCGCUCUGCUGCUCUUUUGUACGCCGAUAAACCCGCUAAAGAAAACGCGAUCACGUGUGUUGUGUUUGUAUGCUCUGUGUGUACAUGCUUUUCUAUCUAGUUUUACAGUGACAGUUUUGUGUGUCUGUAUUUGUUUGUGUUCGGAUGUUCAUCAUGAAGGAGCAGGUGGAUGUGAUAUGCUGUAAAUCGACCGGUACUGAUCUGUCCAUGCUGGAUAUCGAUGAUUUCAUCACAGAAAUCUCUCAGCUGAAGAAAGAGGUUGCGUUACUGGAGGAAAAGCUGAGAUCAAGAGAUGAGGAGCUGGAAAAGCUUUUGUGUCAAUCUUCAUUGUGUGUGACUGAUGGGACCGCCACUGAAUGUCUGGAUUCAUUGCCGAUCAACAAAGAUCAGACCACGCCACAGCUGGACAAACAUCUGUCUGAACAGACAUCCACACACACGCGGGACUCUGACCCCAGAGUUUCUCAGGAGACUGUCUGUGACAGUAAUCAAGACUUACAGGAUGAUAAAUCUACUGUUCAAAUCUCUACAGAGUCUCUGAAUUCUGUCUGUAACACUGAAGAGGAGAAACCGAUCCUGGAGACUCCCCUGAAGAUGUGUUCGGUCAAACUGGUGGACUGCAGGAACCUGAUGGAGAUGAGAAGAGAAACCAUACUUGAGAAACAUCAGACUGAUGAAGAUGAGAAUGUUGAGGAAAAAAACACACUUGAGAAGUUGACUGAUGAAGAUGAUAAUGAUGAAGAUAAGCAUAAUGAAGAUGAGAAUGUUGAGAAUGAUGAAGAUGAUGAUGUUUUUAUUCUUUCAGAUGCAAACAAUGAUUCAUGUUUUGACGAAGAAACGGCCUCCACAUCAAAAAAACAAGCGGCGGCACAAACUUUUUCCUGCAAUAUCUGUGAAAAGACUUUCAUCUCUAAGGGACGCUUAGCGAGACAUGAGAAAAUACACACCAAACAGAAAAUCUUCAAGUGCAGGAAAUGUAAGAUCAGCUUUCCUACCUUUCAAGAGAAGAAGCUUCAUUUAAACAUGCACAGAAGAAAUGAGAAGAAGCAGUUUCACUGUGAGCAUUGUGGGAAGGAUUUUUUUACCACAAAUUCCGCUUUCAAAGUUCACGUAAAGACACACAACAUUGAAAAGGAUUUUCAGUGUGGCGAUUGUGACAAAUCCUUCCGCACCAAAGGAAAUCUUGUUGCUCACGAGAGAACUCACACGGGUGAAAAACCUUAUGGGUGUACUCACUGCGAGAAGCGAUUCAGCAACAUGAACCAUAUGAAGAAUCACAUGCUUUUACACACCAAUGAGAGACCGUAUCAGUGCAGCGAAUGUGGUAAAUCCUUCAGGCAAUCGUAUAAUCUAUCAGACCACCAAAAAACGCACAGUAAUGAGAAACCUUAUCAAUGUUCAUACUGCGAUAAACGCUUUCUUCACAAAUCCCAUCUUAAAUGCCACGAGCGAAUUCACACCGGAGAGAAACCUUUCCUCUGCUCUUACUGCGGAAAGGCCUUUUCUGAUCCACGCCAUUUUAAAGAUCAUCAGAGAGUGCACACCGGAGAAAAACCUUAUCAGUGUGAUGUUUGUCAGAAGAGUUUUAGUCAACAUAAUAACUUAGUUCAGCAUCAGAGAAUUCACACGGGAGAAAGGAUUUACAAAUGCUCUCAGUGUGACAAGACGUUUGCUCGAUCAGAUGUCCUGAAAACCCAUCAGAGAGUUCAUACAGGAGAGAAACCUUAUCACUGCGCUACCUGUGGACAGAGUUUCACUUAUUUAGGAAGUUUUCAAGCUCACCAGAAGAAACAUACAUAAGAACAAACCUGAUUGUAAUCAUCAUAGCAUCUUAGCUUAGUGCACACUUUAGCAGUAAUGUUUGUCUUGCAUUAAAGGGAUAGUUCACAGAAAAAUGAAAAUUGCAUCAUCAUUUACUCACCCUCAUGUUCUUCUAAGUAUAAUUUUUUCUGAGGAACACAACAUUUUUAUAAAUUAUGACGAGCACACAGCUGGUGGAAACUAGUAGGAUAAACAAAUAUGGAAG